AUGCCGAAAAAUUUAAAUUCCCCCAUGGCUUCCCAGAAGGCGCGUCCGGUUCUGCAAAAAAAAAAAGGGGCCGCGCCGAAAGAGAAGGAAUCGGCCAUGCGUUUUCAACAUGAAUCUAACAAAGGGCAAUUGCUCCAUGAGUUUUUGCGAAUUUGGCAAAAUGCAGGUCUGCGGUCCAGGGGCUUCGGCGCCGGGCAGCAAAGGGGCGUGGCAUGCCGCGCGCAAAAGGCACGCGCACCCAACACCCGCAAAAACAGCAGGCCUGACAGCACCCAGCGGCCAAGGCUUCUUUUUAAGGCGCCCCCAAAGGAGGAGAGGGCGGCCCAGCCUUUGCUGCGGCAAUGGGUCGCGUCUGGCUUGGGCGUUNACAGAGGGCAAUUGCUCCAUGAGUUUUUGCGAAUUUGGCAAAGUGCAGGUCUGCGGUCCAGGGGCUUCGGCGCCGGGCAGCAAAGGGGCGUGGCAUGCCGCGCGCAAAAGGCACGCGCACCCAACACCCGCAAAAACAGCAGGCCUGACAGCACCCAGCGGCCAAGGCUUCUUUUUAAGGCGCCCCCAAAGGAGGAGAGGGCGGCCCAGCCUUUGCUGCGGCAAUGGGUCGCGUCUGGCUUGGGCGUU